AAUUUUUCGCCCAUUUAUCCUUUUGUCUUUGAAAAGGAAGGCUGUGCUGUGUUAACACCGGCAGCCCGUGUUGUUAGCGUUGUUUGUGCUUGUCAUCAGCUUGCGUACAGUUGCGUGGUUGAAUUCUCUAGGGCGUGUUACGAAUAUCUCAAAGACAUCAUGAGUUUCGGAUUCAGUGGUAAGAUGGGGGUCAGCAGUGGACGUUCUGAUAACUCUGUUGGAUUUUACGGUGUGCCUGAUGUCAUGACUUCUGGAUUGACCACACGCAAAGCCCUUACCAUCCCGGCUCACCCUCUUGAGGCUACGGAGAGAAGUUUCCAUGACAAUAAACUCCGAAUGGAAAUGAACAUGCUGCGAAACACUCAAGGACUACAUGCCCCUCUGAAGAUGGCCAUGGAGCUGAAGGCUGCCCAUAAAGUUGGCCGUCUUCCAUUCCUCCCAAGCUCUAAUCUUAUGGCUGAUGUUCUGUUGGGACGGGAUGACCAGCUAUCUUUCGAAGACUUCCUCAACCCAGUUGAAUUCAGGGAAGAAGGUGGACAACCCCAUGCUAUAGUUGAAAAGUCUCUUGGCAUUUUGUAACUUAUUAACUUAGAUGUAUGUUUUUCUCAUUCAAUUCUUAUAAAGCGUCUUAUACUUUUCAUUUGCUUCUUUAUUUUAUAUUAUGGUUCGAAACUUGAUUCUAGUUAAUUAAACAGACAAAUCUCUUGGUGCAA